AUGCUAGUAGAGGCUGCAGACUAUUUCAACUCCCACAUUGGUCCCUCCAUUAAGCCCAUGCUCGAUAUAACGCCCAAAUUUGGCGUUCCCGUUAUUUCGCCAAUAAUCUUCCAGCAUGGCCUUGGCUAUCCCGAUCAUACUAGGCUUGUCUUGGCAUGCACGUCUCUUGGCCAUCGGAUGUGUCAAAACGCAGAUCAGUGGAAUGCCUUGAACCACAAGUUUCUCUACUGCCGUGGCCUGAUCAUAAAUUCUUUGCGAGAUGAGAUAAACUCAGAGGAUAAGAAGACUAGCAACUUUCUCGUUGCCGGAAUUUUGACACUAGUGCUCGUAGAUGUUCGACAAGGAAUGUCUCAUACUUCUUGGCGUUACCAUUUGAAUGCGAUCCGGAAAAUCAUUAAUUUGCGCGGUGGUUUCCGCUCUUUCAGCGAGUCACCAGGUGCAAUCCCACUACUACAUUCCUUCAUGGUCUUUGAGGUGCUGGGGGAUACCUCGUCUCCAGUCUCAGAUCUUGCUGUGAAUGAAGAUCAAAUAGACGAGCUAUACUCCAUGAUGGAUGAAUAUGCCGAAGAGAUGGAUCUGUUUCGAAUUAUCCCCGCUCCGCUUUUUAUCGCCAUUAUCAAAAUCAACCACUUGCGAUCACGAGCCGCCGAUCUCAGCCUCCGAGACGGGCAGACUUCAGAGGCUUAUGAGAUUCUCUACGCAAUUUUGAUCUUCCUGCCAGAGGAUUGGGCGCUCUCGAAAUCAAAAACCCAGGAAAGUGACUUUACAACAAUCGCAAUUGCGUACAAAGCUGCUGUGACUUUGUACUGCAUUUCAUCACUCCAAAGUGUGGCUGUGCUACCAGCAACACAUUACCUUACAAAUAUCGAAAUCAGCAUGACUCGGAUGUUGAAACAAACCCUUAGCAAAGCACUUUGCUCUGCGAAGUUCAUGAGACUCUUACUUUGGCCUCUGGUUGUUCUCGGCGCCCUAGCCGUGGGUGAAAAUUGGCCUAUGCGAGACUUCGUUCGAUGUAAUUUGCUUGCGAUAAGCGAAUAUACUGGGAUAUACACUCCCCAGACCGCGACCAAAGUUCUCGAAAGGUUCUGGGUUUCUGGGGAGAGUUCAUGGGAUAGCUGUUUUCACGAGCCAUACAUGUUUUGGAGCUUGCAGGGGAUUGAGAGUAGAACACUGUGGAAGGCCAAGCGAAGGUAG